AUGAAGCCGCAUCGGAUGAAACUCGCGCAUCACCUGGUCGUCAACUAUGACUUGUACCAUAAGAUGGACGUCUUCGAGCCGCACUGGGCGUCUGCAGACGAGAUGAAGGUGUUCCAUGCGCCAGACUACAUUGAGUUCCUGCAGCACGUGAGUCCAGCGAACCAGCGGGACCCAACGAUAGAUCUGGCUAAAUGUACCGACACAGACUGCCCCGUGUUUGACGGCGUUUUCGACUUCUGUCAAAUCUACACUGGAGGAACUCUAGAUGCGGUGGCGCGUCUGAACUUCGGACUCUGCGAUAUUGCGAUCAACUGGUCUGGCGGUCUCCACCACGCGAAGAAGGCGUAUCACCCGCGCGUGCUUUAUAUCGACAUUGAUGCACACCAUGGUGACGGUGUGGAGGAAGCCUUCUACGUCACGGACCGUGUGAUGACGGUAUCGUUCCACAAAUACGGCGACUUCUUCCCUGGAACGGGAGACGUUAAGGAUAUCGGUGCAAAGAGUGGGAAGUAUUACGCUGUCAACUUCCCACUACACAGCGGCAUGGAUGACGAUAGCUACGAAAGCAUAUUCAAGCCAGUGAUAGAUAAAGUGAUGGAGACUUUUUGCCCCUCAGCAGUGGUUCUUCAGUGUGGUGCUGACUCCCUGACAGGCGAUCGUCUCGGUUGUUUUAACGUAACUACACGAGGUCAUGGUGAGUGUGUUCGCUUCGUUAAAGGUUUCGGUCUCCCGAUGCUGGUACUGGGCGGUGGAGGCUACCGAAUCCGCAACGUUUCUCGUGCGUGGGCCUACGAGACGUCGAUCCUCGUGAACCAGGAAGUGUCCAACAACAUUCCAUACAACGACUACUUUGAGUUCUACUCGCCAGAGUUCAAACUGCAUCUGGCCCCCGACAAAGAUCUCAAGAACGACAACACCAAGGAAUACUUGGAGAACCACAAGUAUAAUCAGAAUAUUUGA